AUGUCUCGUUCUCCAUUGAAAUUUUUAACACCAAAUUUAAAAACUUCAUCAGAAAGUAUCAAAUCGAAAUUAGAUUAUUCUGAGUUAUCAUCACCAAAUUUUAAAUCGUUUAUUAAACAAACAAUUCAGAAACCAAAGAAUAACGUGAAAAAUUUUGAUGAUUCAAUAAUAAGUUUAAAUACCGAUUUAUCAUCCUCACAUUAUCAUAGCUAUUUAUUUAAUCAACAGCAAAAUCGACUUCAUCAAAAACCAGUAUUAAAUAACAGUUUACAUAAAACCCCAUACUCAACACUAAAUUCGACAAUGUGCGAAUAUGAAAACUCAAAACGUCGACAAUCAUUUUUACAAUUCAAUCGAGGAAUAAUUCAGUUGAGUCUCGUAGCAAAUGAAAAUUUAUUGACAUUGCACAUAAUACAAGUAAAAAAUAUUGAUGUAAAACGUACUUUAUGCUGUUCAAACAUUCUCGUCAAAAUUACGAUUAUUCCUGAUGAAAAACCAUUGGAGUGCAAUACACGUGUUGUUCCUAAUUUGAAUAAUAAUCCAACAUUUAAUGAAAAAUUUUCGUUUGAAUUAACCGGUGAUGAUUCAAAAAAGCGUGUUUGUUUAUCCGUAUAUGAAUACAAUGAAAAUAAUAGUGAUAUUCAAUUACAUGGAUGUUUAUCGUUUGGUAUCAAAAACUUGAUAAAAAAACGAAAAGUUCAUGGAUGGUUUUAUUUAUUGCAAGAUGAUGUAGGUAUAUUUCGUCAUCGAAAAGUUAUUGAACAUAUUGAGAAACAUAUAUCGGCGAUAAAUCGUGACGUUAUGAAAAUGGAAGAACAUCAAAUUAUUAUACCACGUGGACAAGAAAAUUUUGGUUUUACGGUUGUUGGUCAAUGUCCAACAUUUGUUGGUCGAGUUGAUAAUAAUUCAUCAGCAGCUGUAGCUGGCUUGAGAGCGGGUGAUUAUAUUGUAAAAAUUAAUGGAAAAAAUGUAUCACGAGCUCAAAAAGAUACUGUUUCACAUUUAAUAAAAAAUUUGCGAAAAGCUAUUACACUUGAUAUUCAUCGUCCAUCAUCAUCCAUUUGUACAGAUUCAAAUCGUGAUUUAUUAUCAUUAUUAUCAUCAACAGGAACCGCUUCUACAUCCGCAGAAUCAUCAACAUGCUCCGAAUCUUCUUAUCUUCAUUCCUUAUCGUCUUAUGUGUGUGAUCAAAAUCGUUAUCAACAACAAGAACACAGUGAAUAUAGUCACAAAAGUAAACAAGUACAAAAACGCGCAUUUGUAUCAUUAGGACAACUUGGUCACUAUAUUGAACCAAAACCGUUAGGAAAAGCCUCAUCACAAACAAUAAUUGAAACAAAUAAUGCAUCAGUUUUAGCCCAAAAGGGUUCACCCACAAUAACGCUAGUUUAA